CAUUUGUUUUUUUCCAACAGAGAGAAGUAAGUUGCACGAAACAGCUACUACUUUCGAACCUUUCCUUCGAAACAACAUUUAAAUCAUUCUACCGACAAUAGUCGAAAGUCCUAUGAAGCUGAUGUUCGUCUCCAGUUAGCUCAGCUUUCGUUCUCAAGCUCAGGUCAUACCCUCAUCUCUCUGAACCUCCUCCUCGAUUGCAAACAGGCAUUUCAUUCACCUCCAGGUGCGCUCUUGGUUAUCCGUUGAACCCAAUUGCUGGCUGGUGCUGUAAGAUUCGAACAUACUCGCUUUCUACGUUCUUAUUUUGAGUAAAGUUCGUUUCUCGAUCACGACUAUCCGAAUCUUGUUAUGUUCUAUGUAUAAUUGCUUGUUUGUACAGCGAAUAUGAGCACAGUUAUCACUGAAAUAUACUGGAAUUUGUCUGCCCAAUUGAAGCCCGCCUUUAAGAAAUUCAUCAAAUUUGUCAAGAUCUUAUAUGGAAAUUACAGCAAAAGCUCCUUCUUUCAAUCUUUCACUGCACUGUUCAUGGUUGCCUCGUUGCUCUGCUUUCUUAUAGUCAUGGCAUCCACUUAUUUUUACUUAUCUCCAUCUGUUGAAAGAAUAGUUAAGCCUAAUCGCAAUAGGGGUAGUUUUUCUGGUAAGUCUGCUGAAUUGGGCAAAGGAUGCAAUCCUUUUGAUGGUAGAUGGGUGAUUGAUGAAACCUACCCUUUAUAUAAUGCUUCCCAAUGCCCCUUUUCGGAGCGUGGUUUCGAUUGCUUGGCUAAUGGUAGGAAGGACAAGGAGUAUCUUAAGUGGAGGUGGAAGCCUAAGGGCUGCGAAAUCCCUCGAUUCGAUGUCCAUGCCUUGUUGAAGUUCCUUCGAGGGAAGAGGGUAGUCUUUGUGGGUGAUUCAUUGAGCAGAACUCAGUGGGAGUCGAUGAUAUGUAUGUUGAUGAGUGGUGUUGAGGAUAAGAACAGUGUGUAUGAGGCCAGUGGGAGUGAAAUCACGAAGCAGAGUAAGCAUUUGGUUGUUUGGUUUAGGUCCCAUAGCUUUACUAUUGAAUUCUAUCGCUCGAUUUUCUUGGUUGAGCCUGGUCCUGCGCCGAAGCGUUCGCCUAAGAGAGUCAAAACUGUGGUGAAACUGGAUCAGAUGGAUGAGAUUAGUAGAGAAUGGAUCGAUUCUGAUAUUUUGAUUUUUAACUCUGGACACUGGUGGACGAGGACUAAGCUGUUUGACCUGGGCUGGUACUUUCAGGUAGGUGGAAAGGUGAAGAUCGGGAUGUCGAUAAAUAACGGAUUCAAGAUUGCGUUAGCUACCUGGCGAUCUUGGCUAGAGAACUCCGUAAAUCCCCACAGGACUCGAGUUUUCUUUCGAACCUUCGAAUCCUCGCAUUGGAGCUCCGGAUCCCGUCAGAACUGCAAAGUAACAAAGCUGCCAUUGUCCAAACUUAAAGGGAAACAGAAGAACUCAAAAUCUGAAGCCAUAAUCCGAGCUGUGGAGAAAGCAUCCAUUCCAGUACAGCUGCUGCAUGUCACCCCGAUGAGCGCAUACCGUAGCGACGCACACGUCGGUACUUGGAGCGACAAUCCGUCGGUUCCCGAUUGCAGCCAUUGGUGCUUGCCUGGUGUGCCGGAUAUGUGGAACGAGCUCCUCUUCUCAUUUCUACUUUCUAAGUGAAGAAAAUUGUUCCUUCAUUUUUUUGCCUGUGAAGUUGCUGCCUGUAGCCAUUUUAUGAACAUUGCUGUUAUUUAAUGGAUAGGAUCAUAAACGUGCGAAGUUUUCUGA